UAAUAUGUGAAAGCCUUCUCUCUCAGCUUCCCAAACAGAAACUUUUAAAUAUUUUCAUAAAUAUAUAUAAAAGAUGGGAGUGUUAGUUGAUGUGUUUUUGAUUUUGGUAUAUAUAAUAUACACAGCAAAGGCAGGUGAAGCCAAGGAUUUGAAAUGGGAGGUGGAAUACAAGCGGUGGUCUCCAGACGGGAAGGAAAGUGUGGUAAUAGCCAUCAACGGGAAGUUCCCGGGCCCCACAAUACGGGCUCGGGCCGGCGACACCAUUAAUGUUGAGCUCACCAACAAGCUUCCCACUGAGGGGGUUGUCAUCCACUGGCAUGGAAUCACACAGAAAGGGACACCAUGGGCGGAUGGAACAGCCUCUAUUUCGCAGUGUCCCAUUAAUCCAGGAGAAUCAUUUGUGUACACCUUCAAAGUCGACAAAGCGGGCACAUUCUUUUACCAUGGGCACUACGGUAUGCAACGGUCUUCGGGGCUCUACGGGAUGUUGAUCGUCGACGUGGCGGAGGAACAGACGGAGAAAUUCACGUAUAACGACGAGUUCCACAUUCUGCUCAGUGAUUGGUGGCAUAAGGGCGCUCAUGAACAAGAGGUUGAUCUCUCCUCCAAACCCAUGCGUUGGAUUGGAGAGCCACAGAGCUUGUUAAUUAAUGGGAGAGGGCAGUUCGAUUGCUCAUUGGCGGCUACUUCUUCUAGCGAAUCGGCAGUCCCAUGCGACGAUCUAGAAGGCGGUGAACAAUACGCUCCUCAUAUCCUCCACGUCGUUACCGGGAAGACCUACCGCCUUAGGAUAGCCAGCUCCACCGCGUUGGCUUCACUCAAUUUUUCUAUUGGGAAUCACAAGCUGACGGUGGUGGAAGCCGACGGCAACUACGUGGAGCCAUUCACCGUGGACAACAUCGACAUCUACUCCGGCGAGAGCUACUCCGUCCUCUUCACCGCCGAUCAAGACGCCACCCAAAACUACUGGAUUUCCGUGAGCGUGAGAGGGAGAGAGCCCAAGACUCCGCAGGGCCUAACCUUCCUCACCUACCAACCCACAUCCGAGAAACAGCUCCCCCCCUCGGCCGCCCCUCCAGUGGCGCCGGCCUGGAACGACUACGUCUCCAGCAAGGCCUUCUCCAACAAGAUCCUCGCCGCCGCCGACUCCCCUCCGCCGCCGACCAACUCCGACCGCCGUAUCGUGCUGCUGAACACGCAAAACACCAUGGACGGGUUCACGAAAUGGGCCAUCAACGGCAUCUCACUGUCCCUGCCCACCACCCCCUACUUGGGCGCCAUCAAAUACAAACUGAUGGACGCCUACGACCACACGCCCCCACCCGAUCACUACACCCCCGACGACUACGACAUCAUGAAGCCGCCCCCGAAUCCGAACACGAGAUCUGGCAAUGGAAUCUACGAGCUCGAAUUCGAAUCCACCGUUGAUGUGAUCCUGCAAAACGCGAAUACAAAUUCGGUUGAGGUGAGCGAGAUCCACCCUUGGCAUUUGCACGGCCAUGAUUUCUGGGUGCUUGGUUAUGGAGAGGGCAAGUUCACGGACAAGGACGCGGCUGGAUUUAACCUGAAGAACCCGCCGUUGAGGAACACCGCUGUGAUCUUCCCCUAUGGGUGGACGGCGCUGCGGUUCAGGGCGGAUAAUCCGGGCGUGUGGGCGUUUCAUUGCCAUAUUGAGCCGCAUUUGCAUCUGGGAAUGGGGGUUGUGUUUGCAGAAGGUGGUGAUCGUCUCGGCAACAUUCCUAAUGAGGCCCUUACCUGCGGAUUGACGGCCAAAUAUCUCAUGAAUAAGGAGACUGCUACUUAAUUUCUUCUUCUUGUCGUUGUUGUUCAAUUCUACUAUAUGUACUCAUCAGUCCAAUCCUUCAUCAUUCUCAUCA